AUGAAAAUUGAAGCUAGUAGCACCUUAUUUUCUGGCAUUUCAGAGUCAAAACACCUUUACCGACUUUAUGUCGGUAAUUUACACCCAAAUAGUUCCGAAGAGACGUUGCGCAGUCUUUUCGUUCAACACGGUAUUGAGGUCGAGAGCAUUCUUGUCAAGAGAAGCUACGCCUUCGUGGAUUGUCCGGACCAGACAAACGUUGAUCGAGGGAUAGACAGAUUAAGCGGCCGAUGUCGGACGUCUCGAAAACGACCACACGGUCACCAGUGUGAAUUGUCAGACAGCAUGCAAGUGGAACCAUCAGUCGGGAGGAGGAGGCGAUCUAACAAGAUCCAGAUACGUAACUUCCCCGGCCACAUUGGUGUUGAAGAGAUUCAGGAACUUGUUCGUAACUAUGGGUUGGUGCAGAAAUGUGAACAUGUAGGUGCGGAGGGGUUAGUUUAUGUGACGUUUGAAAAUCCUGAUUCUGCUCAAUCAGCUGUUCAAAGUUUGAAUGGCAUAGACUUCCAGGGAUCUUCAAUUAAGGUUGACUUUGCCAGCAACAAGACACUGCGUCGUCCCCGCUCUGCUCAAAUGGGCGAAAAUCAGAUGAUGAGACGGGACGACAGACAGCAGAUGGGUGGUGGGGGUCCCAGGGGUAUGCAGGACAGGGGAGGCAUGCAGGAACUCCCUCUCAGGAUUCUGGUGGGAAGCGAGUUUGUUGGUGCUAUCAUCGGCCGUUCAGGUCAGACCAUACAAAACAUCACAUCACAGACCAGGGCUAGAGUGGAUGUCCACAGGGCGGAGAUGUCUAUGACACCAGAAACAGUGAUCACAAUCAAGGGUAGCCCAGAGAGCUGUGCAGCUGCCUGUGUGGAGAUCAUGAAGAUAGUACAGUCGGAGGCUUCCUCUAUUAUCAAGGGGAAAGGACCUCAGGACCAACUUGGAAAUGACAGGGACCAUCCAGUGAAGGUUCUAUGUCCCAACAACCUGUGUGGAAGAAUCAUUGGCAAGGGAGGAACCAUCAUAAAGGCAUUCAUGGAGGAGUCAGGAACACACAUUGUUGUCUCAAGUGCUAAUGAUGCGGCUUUCUAUGCUGACCGUGUGGUAACAAUCACUGGGCCACUAGAUAGCUGCAGGAAUGGCCUGGAGCUUGUCUUUGAAAAGAUGAGGAAAUGUGCUGAGCUAGACCAACAAAAUUUCCAGAACCUUGGACCAUAUGGAGGAGGUAUGGGCCCAGCAGGCCCAAUGGGUCCCAACUUCUACCAGGGAGGUCGUGGUGGAGGUGGUCCCUAUCAAGGGCCAGGGGCUCCCUAUCCUGUGGGAGGUCAAGGCAUGUACCAGGGCGGUCCAGGGUUAUAUGGAGCGGCCCCACCCCAGCCACCACAGCAGCUUGAGAUUACCUACAUUUACAUCCCAGAGUCUACUAUAGGGGCAGUGAUCGGAACCAAGGGCACAAAUAUUAAAAACAUCAUGAGAUUAUCUAGUGCUAGAAUUAAGAUUCUGGAUGCUGGUCAAGGGGAUGCUGAAAGGAAAGAGAAGGGUCCACCUCGCGGCGAGGGGGAGAGAAAAGUCAUUGUUACGGGCACACCAGAGGCUCAAUGGAAGGCCCAGUUUUACAUUCUAGAGAAAGUAAAGACAGAAAAUAUGGUUCAACUGGAAGAUGUGCACUUUAAGGCUGAGAUUUUGGUGCCUAAGCAAAUGGUUGGCCGCAUUAUAGGCAAAGGAGGGCAACAUGUAAAAGAAAUGCAGAGAGUCACUGGUGCAAUAGUGAAAACCCCAGAUACCAAAGGUCUCCCCGACAACGAGGAAGUUCCCGUCUCAGUGCUCGGACAUUUUUACGCUAGUCAGUCAGCGCAGCGCAGAAUCCGUGCCUUGCUACACCAAGCAAUGCAGGGACCUCCGAUGGAAGGAGGACCAAGAGGACCAGGGGGUCCACCAGGGCCGAGAAGACCACCCCCUAUGAAUGGAAAUUAGAACUGUCUGUGUUCACGUCAUGGGUGGGGGUGGGCGAGUGUCUGCAAUUCAUUUGGAGACUGAUGGAAUUGUAGGCACAUGCACAUGAGGCAUUAUUUAAGGUUUUUAAAUUGUGAAUUUCUUUGAGAACGAUUGGAGGACUUUGUUUUUUUUUACAUAUGAUUGUUCUCAACAGAUUUUCACUGGUGUUUUGAGAGAUUUUUAUCUUUGAAAAAAAAUGGCAAGAAACAAAAGGGAGACGAUUAACGAGAAAAUCUUGUCAUUCCAUUAUGAAUUGUCUCUCUUGAAGCAUUACAUGGGAGAGAAGUUGGAUUGUUGGUGCAUGUGUGCUAAGGAACAAAUUAUUUAAUGGUCAUUGUUUUACUUUACAUUAUGGCCAGUUAUUUAGGAAAUUUAUUUUUGAUACUUGUUGAUUACUAUAUUGUUAUUUUACAAGAAAAGGGGUUCUGUUUUUAGGCCCUUGUUCAAUAAUGCCAUAUAUUAUUUUCAUGUCAGUAUUCAAAGUACAGACUAGUGCUUUGCCAUUUCUGGUAGGACGGGCAUUACCACUGGCAAAACUGCAAAUAUCCAGGAAUCAAUAAGUAUCUUAAUAUCAAAAUUCUACUCCACUUCUGAUGAUAUAUAACAAACAGCUGAAACUACUGACUGGGAUCUACAUGUGAACUCCACUCAUUUCUAGGGGUUCUUUUGGACAUAAUAAUGAGAUGUGAAAAAGAUAUGAGUCCCCUAGGAUAUGAGGAUAUGGUUUUCUUUUGUAGUAAAAAUACUGCAACAGCUUUUAACUACACUCUUACAUAUAUAUCGAUUUAAACUGGCAUAUUAUUGAACACUUAGUGAUGGAUCAAUAUCAUGAUUGUACCUUGAACCAUUAAGGUAAGAAGCCAACUUGUUUCAGAGUGAUCCUAAUUUGGAUCUUGUGUUAAAUAUUGUUUGGAUUAUUUUGUUUUUAUCAAAUUUCUCUUUUUUGCCUACAUGUAUAUUGUGGUGUAAUAGUUUGACUUAAUAUUUAAGAAGUAAUAUAUUUUGUGAUUAAUAACAUUAUUAUUACACGCCAUCGUACAAAUCCUGUAAGAAAAUAUUUGAGUGAAAUAACAGGUUUGAUUUGAACAUCAAAAACUAUGGAUUUCAACUUGUAAACUCGACAGAUGAACAAAGCAUAUUUCAUCAUUAUUAUUUUCAACAGUUUCUAUUUAUAUUAUACCCGAUACAUGUAUUGUACAUGUAACACUUUUUCAUAUUACAUUUUUGACUUACUGCUGGUGAAUGUUUUUCCUGACAGAUGUUUAAUAUUACAACUUCCAUCCGUUUCUUGACUGAACUUAAAAUGUUAUUUAAAAAAAAAAAAAGAUUUGAAAUAAAAUGCAUUCAUACACUGAUGAAAAAAACACAGCUUGAGGACUUUUUUUUAGUUGGUUGUUAAAUUGUUUUCAUUAUUAAGAUAAAUACAAAAAAUAAUCUGAUUAUCAAACUUGAUCCAAUCUUAAGUUUGUCUGGUAAAAUAUCCACCUCAAUUUAUAUAUAUUGUCUGUACAUAAUCGGUAUUUUAAACCAAAUCUUGUCCAUUGAUAUAUUGUAUAAGUGGAGUAAUUCCAAUGGCUAAAUCUUUUUCUGAACCACUUGUGAAUUGAACAUUAGACUGUUUUGUUUAAUUUGAUUGUAAAGUUUCUAUUAUGUUCUUUGAAUUAAGAUAGAAGAGUAGGAGAUUGAGAUUGCAGAAAUUAUUAUUCAUUACUUUCAAGUACAAUAUAUCUUUGGAUGCCCUGUGAAAAUAUUGACCAGUACUAUUUUUAGAUAUCCCGUUUUUAAGAAGUUUAGAAAACGGGACUGUAAAAAUGUUACGGGUGAAUACCAAAAAAAUAUCAAUUUAAAUUUGCAUAUUAAACAGAACAUUGGGAACAAAUCAAAACAUGUUUGUUCUUAAAAAGUAGCUUGUAUACAAAUAAUGCUCACAGCACAGUGUUCUGUUCAAUAUUAAUAUCUGUUUCCGUGUUUUUUCACUUAAAUGAACUUGAAUGCAUUCAUCUGUGUUAUUCUACUACACUAUACAUAUGAAGGCAUUUAAGGUCAUCAAUUUCAAUAUAUUUAUUCUGUAAUAUUGAUUCAUUGAUAACAAAUGAGAAUAUAUUUGCAAAUAUUCAAUACAUUGAAGCUUCUUAGAAACAACCAAGCCUUAAGCUUUGUUUUAAGUUUUACCAAGGACUUCUUAAGUUUGAUGACCAAUUGUCAUGUAAAAAAACGCAUUUGAAUUGAAUGUUGUUUUUUCAAAAUUGUUUAAAUCCUUAAAACUUUCUAUUUGUCAAACUCUUCUUUUCAUUUGUUAUCAAAUGCUUGUAGACAAUUUGUUCACUUAUGUGAAAAAUUGAAUAUGCGAGACAAAGUACAGCUUGGCCAAAGCAAUGCCACUAGGAUUAUUACCAUUGCUUUGGUUUUGCUGCCCAAGAAAAAAACCUCGCCUAUAGUCUCAAUUUUGGCUAUUGUACUUCGUGAAUAUCAAACUGCGAACUUGAUACAUUUUAAGCCUCAAAUGCAAAGAAAUCUUACUGAUUUUUAUUUUGUGAAAUAAAGAAAUAUCAUUUAAAAAAAAAAUUGUCCACCACAUAUUCUGAAAAUGAAGUAAACUACAAGCUGAGCCUCUUUCAAUUUCUUUGUGUACUUGUUUUUACUUACAACUUGAGGCUUUUUUUUACUUAAAACUUUGUAAAAAUGAUAUGAUUUAUGAAACAAGUGUUGGUUGCUAAAACAUCUGGUACUGUUCAAAACAACAGAAGAGUUCUUUAUUACUAAAGCAUAUAGUGUAUAACCAGCAAAUUUUAAAAAGUUAAUAUUUGGAUUGAUGGUCGUUAACAGUUGUUUAAAACUUACAUUUAAAAUUGUGUUGAUGUUUUUCUUGAGUAAUAAUAUAUAAGCUUACUGUAACAAUGUAGUUUCGUAAUAUUGGUACAAAGCCUAUAGUAUGCAUUUUGACUAGAGAUUGCAACUUCCAUUGUCUAUGGAAUUAAAUGCCUGUGCUCUAUGUUGUUUAAGUACAAUGAUGGUUGCUAACAACCAGGAUAGGCUUGUACCAAACAAUUUGUAUUCAUUGUAUACUGCAUUUUCCUGUAGUUCAUAGUUACACUGGGUUUGAACCCUAUUUAAGAACUUAAAACUAUUGUUGUUUUUUUGUAUUUUUACAAGGAUUCAUGCACAAGUUGGAAAUAAGUAAGACAACAAAACACGUAUAUUUCAAUAUAAACACAGCAAAUAUUUGCUGUAUCUUUUUGUGAUGUUUAUUGUGCUUUCAACUGAAAAUGCACAGGGGUUCAAUCUCACCAGUUUUGUAUUUUAUCAGAAAAUGUUGAAUCCUAGUAAGCGGUACACAAGCAUUCAGUUGAGUCAGUUUGGACUUGUUACAUUUCUAUGGCUUGCAUUUACCAUGAAACUUUUAGAAAUGCUGGGCUUUGGUGCGUAUUAUUAAGACUUCAUUAAAUAAUUUCCUGCCUACACUAUAACUGAAUUACUAAUGAAGUUGCAAGAAUGGUGUCAGGUCUGUAUGGUUUACCAUUUCUGUUUGAUAAGUAUUUAAUGCGAAAAUGUCUAGUACCAUAAAAGUUUGUGACUGCUUGUGAAUUUACAUUACCGUAUAUGACUGUGUUCACUGCUAUGCCUCUCAAAACCUAAAUAACCGCAUUUACAAUCUGUUAUUUCAAACCUGUGCAAUUGAACUUGUUUAUUGAGUUAUACAUUUGGCAGCUUCUAACAGUUAUAUCAACUACCAGCAAUGCUCAGAUAUAUUUCUUACUUUUAAUACGUUACUGCUUAACCGUUAUCACAAUACAGUUUACACAUCAAGUGAAAAAUUACAUCGUCUGACCUAUCAGUUUUAUACUACUAUCACAUAGUAAGUGUUCACAGUAUGUUUGUAAUGCCAGAUCCAUUUUCUACCAGGAAUAAACAUUUAUAGUU